ACCACCAGAGAGGAGAGGAAGGAGCAGGAACAUGAGCAAGUUGUCUUACCACGACGAUCUUGAGUUUCCCUUCUGUGAUGAUGUUAUUAAAUACGAGAAGCUGGCAAAAAUUGGCCAAGGUACUUUCGGUUACAGAUUUGGAGCUCUGCUUUGACUGAGUCCACUUGCAGACGGUUUCUCUCGUUUCUCCUAGCUGAGGUCGUCAUUGAAAAAACUCGUUCUGUCUGAGCAUUGCUGCAUGAGAUAGAGAAGAUAUAAACGCUCACCGUCUUCAGGGGCUUGAAGCAAGAACAAAAAAGUCAACCACUCUCCACUGCGGCCUUGGGCAGACUGGCCAUCUCGGACGUGUUGAUGGUGUUGACAACUUGACUCGUACACUGCGUCUCAUCAGCAGUGUUGACAACGGCAACUACAUAUAAUAAAAAUAGUGAAGUGUUCAAAGCCCGUGAUAGACGAACAGGCAAAGUUGUGGCACUUAAGAAGAUUCUCAUGGAAAACGAGAAAGAAGGGUUCCCCAUCACAGCGCUACGAGAGAUCAGAAUCUUGAAGUUACUCAGACAUGACAAUGUUGUAAACCUUCUGGAAAUAGCUCGUACAAAAGGUCCACCACCCCCAGGACUUCAAAAGCCAGCAAAAGCAACCCCUCACAUGUCCAGUCUUUCUACAUUCUUCCUGGUGUUUGAAUUUUGUGAACACGACUUGGCUGGCUUGCUCUCCAAUGUCAACGUAAAAUUUAAUUUAGGUGAAAUUAAAAAGGUCAUGCAGCAGUUGCUCAAUGGGCUGUACUACAUACACUCCAACAAGAUCCUUCAUCGAGAUCUCAAAGCUUCAAAUGUUCUUAUCACAAAAAAUGGAAUUUUGAAAUUAGCCGAUUUUGGUCUGGCUCGAGCAAUUAGUACGAGUAGACAAGGACCAAAUAGAUAUACAAAUCGUGUUGUUACACUAUGGUAUCGCCCACCAGAGCUUCUUUUAGGAGAAAGAAACUAUGGUCCCCCAGUUGAUAUGUGGGGUGCUGGUUGUAUAAUGGCUGAAAUGUGGACCCGCACACCAAUACUACAGGGGAGUACCGAACAGCAUCAAUUAGCCCUCAUCACUAAGCUUUGUGGCUCUAUUACACCAGAUGUUUGGCCUUCUGUAGAAAAUUAUGACCUGUACAACAAAAUGGAAUUGGUUAAAGGACAACAGCGACGGGUGUGUGAGAGACUCAAACACUACGUCAGAGAUAAUCAGGCUUUAGAUUUGCUAGACAGACUCCUCACCUUAGAUCCACUUAAGAGAACAGAUUCCACUUCUGCUCUGGACCAUGAUUUCUUCUGGACAGACCCUAUGCCUGGUGAUCUGUCAAAGAUGUUGUCACAACACACUCAGAGUAUGUUCGAAUAUUUAGCCCCGGCAAGAAGACCGGGUGCAUCUAACCGACCAGUGAUUCAGCCUCGGCAAGCAGACACUGUGUCCUCUUAUCAAGAACGAGUAUAUUAAGGAGAGAGUGAGCUUUUAAAUUAGGUUAAAUAGAGUAUUAAUGUUAUUUUCUUUAUAAUACAUUUGUGGUUUAUGGGCAGGUAGUAAUGUUGAUUUUAGAUGAAGUGCAUAAUUAUCCUUCUGGCAAAAUCAUAUUUUUAUUUUGAUAAAAGGGUACAUAUAAAUGCCAAAUAUAUGUACAGUAUAUAAAUUAAUUGUUUUGUUUUGUUUUUUAAUUUGUUGGAAAAAAUUUGUAUGUAAUUGAAACUUGUAUUCUUUGGCUCUCAGGUUUUUAUGUUUUUAAGGUGAAUGAUGUAUAGCUGUAUGAUUAAUACCCAGUUAGGUGGUUAAGAUGGGUUAAUAGUAACUUGAACUAUCACCAUUGGUCAUUGGAGGCUGUUUUUUAUCAAGCCUUUUUUCAACGUACUGUACAUUUAAAUGACAUCCACUAGCCUUCAUCAGUAAUAUGAAUACUGCCUAGAAAUCUCAAUAAGAAUGAAAUAUUCAUAUGGACUGGAAUUAAAAAAUUGACACUGUACAAUCAAGGUCAUGAUACUUGUGAUGAUAUAGAAUAGAAGUGGAAGAGCUAAUGUAUUUUUCUGAUAGUAUCUGUAUAAAGUAAUAUUUCAGCUUGUGAUGUUGGUAGAAGCAUUAAGGAAUGUUAAUAGCAUGAUGCUUUUUUAUGACAAUUGUAAUGUUCUUAAUUAUUGAAAUAUAUUCUUCUUUGUCUCUACAUAACUCAUAGUGCACCAAAUGAUAGCAUUUUGGUGCAAGGCGUUAUUGCAUCUGCUCGUAAAUUUUCUUGUACAGGUAUCCCUCGAAAUAUGAAUGGGUUAUUUCUCCCUCAAAAAAAAAAAAAUAAAUAAAGUAAUUUUCUUAAAUUGAAUAACAGAGGAAAUGGGAAAAAUAGAGUUCAGCUCCCCAUUGACAAAAAUAUCCCAGUAUCAUAUCCUAAAAACACAAAAUUGGGUCACAAACAAGAAAAACUACCUACGGUAACUAAUGGUAAAUUGUACACAACUAAUGUAAUUUACUACCUAACUAAUGGUAAAUUGUACACAACUAAUGUAAUUUACUACCUAACACAUUAAAACAUCAAUAAAAUACUAUCAAGAUGAAAAUAUGCAGCUAAAAUUAUUAAAGAAAAGCUAAACGAAAGUUCAACACAGGCGCCAUUUGCAUAGGCGCAUGGCCACCCUCAAGCAACGCCAUAGCAACACUUCUGCCGACCUUUAGCAAUGCUGCCCCUCCUGCUCUCACACACAAAGAAAUGUUUAUUCCAUUUUUGUUUUUGAUAACUAUUUUUUUUAUUUAUUUUUGUACAUUAUAUAUGUAGGAUUGUGUGUUCAUGUAACUUAGUAAAAAAAAGUGAAGAAAGUUAAGUUUGUCUAUCCAAAACUACGAGUUGAAAAAUAUUCAUAACAUAACCCCCUCAGUUCAUCCUGCUAACUCUCGCUGGUGCAUGAAGAAAUGUUUAUUCCAUUAAUGUUUUUGACCGUAUGAUAACUAUUUUUUAUUAUUUCUUUUGCACAUUCUGUAUGUAGGAUUGUGUGUGCAUGUAACUGAAUUAAAAGAAUAAGAAAGUUAUGUUUAUAUACCUGAAAUUACGAGUUGAAAAAUAACCAUAACAUAACUAACUCCUACCUCAGCCUGGUAGGGAUAGCACUAGGGGGAUGUGGCCAUCUCAGCUGAUUCCCGGGGGCACAUGAUUUGAUUUGUUGCCGGACCCAAAUUUGUGUAAGCGGGGGAAGUGCUUGAGCGGGGAAGUGCUUGUAACACUUAAAAGAAGUGGUAAUUUAGGAACUUCAUAUAAGCGAAUUUUAGUAUCGUGAACGUUCUUAUAUCGAGGGAUACCUGUAUAACCUUACCAGCACAUUUCUUUACAGUAUGUCUUGUAAUUAAUUAUGCUUAACAUGAUGAGAAAUAGCCCUCCAAUUUUUAUUAUUAGUUUUUGAAAUACUGUACCAUGUAUUUAUGAAGGAAAUUUUUUAAUAUUUGGACAAUAUAUUGCAAUUACAGUCCAGUGAAAUGCAACCCAAGUGGAAUUUUGAUACGUAUAUAAAUAUUUAUCUCUGUUUAGACUUUCUCAGCUUGCUCUAGUGAAAUGCUGAAGCAGUACUAAUAUUGAUACAGUCCAAUGUUGUAAAUACAAUGUGUUGCUUACAAUAUACAGUAUUGAAAUUGUUCUUACCAAAGCUAAAAAGCUAUGAAAUGAGUGUUUCAUAUUGCAACAAUGCAGUAUUUAUUUGAUCAUAUUCAUACUGCAAGAACCUCAAGAUGAAAUGCCAUACAUUCUCGGGCUCCCUUCAUACUCUCUAAUCUUCUUUUUUUUCCCUGUUUCAACCUUUGUAUGUUCAUACUUUUUAAUUUUUAAUUUCCUUGCUUUCUCAUCUUUUUUUUUUUUUUUUACCAAAUAAUAUUUGCGUAGCUUUUUUCAUCGCUAGACUAGCUGGUAGAAUUCUUCAACUGUAGCCUGUGACAGGAUCGCCCAUUGAAGUGAGCUAUCUUUAUAUAGUAGUACAGUAUAGAAUCCUUGUUCAUACUCAAGAUGACUGAUGAAGCAAUAGAACUUGGGUGUCAUGGAUCAUACGUGAUCACUAGCUGGUGGUGCUCCUGCUUGUCCUACCAUCUAUUGAGGAUGGGGGAAAUUGUUUAUUUUCAUCAGCUGAUAGAUUGUGUGUGUUAGAUAUUAAACCGUUAAAGAUAUAGUUAAUGAAAUAUAUUAAAAAUAGUCAAUGGUUCUCUAAGAAAUUAAAUAAAAAACAAAUUUAAUGGUGCUCUCAUGCUAAAGGUCACAGCCUCAAGGUAAAGAAGCCACAAUGACAUUGAAUGCUGCAACACCACCGAAUGUGAGCUCCUUUAUGACCACACUUGACACAACUUUUGGUACAUUCCAGAGCAUUCCCUAAAAAUCUUUUUACCCUGACUAACUAAUAAUGACAGAAUGUGAAAUUUGAGCACAAACUUCGAACAGUGAACAGGUAUACAAUAGGUCUAUAAAUGGAGAUUUUUUAACUCUUUACCGGUGCUGAUUGGUUGAUGAUGUAAAGUUGUAAACAAAUCCCACUGGAGUAUGAUCACAAUACAAACAAUAAUUUAGAUCUUUUGAAACACUUUAUUUUUUUUUUCGGACUUUGUUAUUGUGAAGAAUCAUUCCCAGAUGAUUUAUUAAUAGAGGUAUUACGGUUCUCUCUUGUGUGCUCCUACUUGUUUUCUUAGCUCCUUUCUUUGACUUGUAGAGCUCACUGUUGACCCCCUUAUAAGGCUUCAGUACUGUACAACUUGAUCCACCCAACACAAUAGUGAGAGAGGAGUAAGAGAAAUAUAUUGUGGGCUAACUUUAUAAAUUUAAUGUGGAAAUGGUGAAGACGACGAAUGUGUUGAGUUGAUUGUUUCUUUUUUUUUCUUAAACAAACUUUAUAUAUAACUGUAUUUGUUAUAUAUCUUUACAUAGAUAGCUGUGACAUCUGUAUUGAGAAGACCAAUUCCUUUUAUGCCCUCUUGUAAAAUCAGCAUGGGGCAUUAGUGUUUGAGUACUGUAUAUCUGGCCCUCUGUUUGGUUAUUUUUUUUUACCUAGUUAGGCAUACAGUACUGCACUCCAUUUUUACGGUAUAUUUAAAAUUAUUUUCUUGUUCUUUACAUUUUCUCUUUUAUACCCCUGUUGGUGUCAGCAAGGGAUGUUUUUGUUUUGUUUUUUUUACUUUGGUUAAAGUUGUUCCCAUUUAGGUGGGCCAAAUAUUUAAAGAAAAGAAAAAAUCAGUACAGUGGACUUUGGACUUAUAGGAAUGAAGUGCUCUUCAUAAAGCUUUAAAAUGCAUGUUAAAGUUAAUAUACAUUAUUAUCAUCGUCAUGAUCUCUCUGAUGCCAUAUUGCUUUUUUACCACUUGCCCUUCAGGACUGUGCAGGUGUUGUUGGCUGCCCUGUUAGUUGUUUACGUACUAUGCUUUUUCAUGCAACAUCUCUGGAAAUAUGCAAGAUAAUCACCUUAAUCCCCACUUCUUAUAAAUCUUCAUGAUUUCCAGUUGUGCACUGGCUAGUCAUAUAAUGAAAUUUUGUUCUUGCUUGCUUUUAGGUCCAUCAGUUUUGCAGCAUUUGGGUUGUCAUUUACUUUUAGAAUCCCUGAUUUGGUGAGGUAUGUAAUGUUUGAGUUGUGCACACAUAUACAGUUAUCCUUUUUCUAGCAGACUGUGAUGUGGAUUUUUAUAUAUAAUUUUAGCUGUUUGGUGGUGGUAUGCAUGUUCAGUUGAUUUAUUCACACGUAUAGUAUGUUAUUGGUAAUUAUCAUCUCAUAGAAACUGUUUCCUUAAAUGAUGACAACAUCUUCAGUACAUUAGGUAGCAAUGAUUAUAAUUUUCUGAAAGUCUAACAGAAACAUUAAAGAAGCAAAACAAUCUGGAUCUUGCAGCACUGUAUAGCAUGAACAUACGGUACAGUAAACCCUUGCUAUUCACGAGUGUUAGGUUUCAAGGAAUGGCGUGAAUUGGCAAAACCACGAAUAGCAACUUAUACUACCUUAUUGCACAACUGUAUACCUAUACUGUACUGUGCAUGAGAAACUUAAGUCACUAAUACUAUUUACACUGUUAUGUGGAAGUUUGGAGCUUGAUAAAGUAGUGUACUGUACAUAGGGAGUCAUCUGGUUACUGAAGCACAGGUGGUAUCAUCAGGAUCAGUUCGAAGAGGGUGAUGCAGUGGUGGUUGGUGGGGAGGUGGGCGGCUGGGAGGUGGCGUGUGGCUGGGAGGCGGCGUGUGGCUGGGAGGCGGGUGGUGAGGAGGAGGGUGGAGCAGCAGCGGUAGCAGCUGACUGAGUGAGGGAGGGAGACGAAUCAGCUGGGCGAGCGGCUGGUUCUUUCUUGAAAAACAUCGUGAUUGGUACAGUAGUUGUUUCCUCUUGGCUUUGAGGUCUUUAAACAUUUCUUGGUAGGGAAACAAUACCUGGUUGAUUCCUCGGGCCAUCUUUAGGCUCCGUUCCCUGGAAGGGUCGUGGUCAAUGAAAUCAGUUACCACCUUCACAUGUCGAAAUAGUUCACCAAAGUUGUUCAAGCCCCAACCUUCUUGUUGCAAUUCAUUUCUUCCUCUUCAUCUUCCUCAACACUUAUUACCAACUCUUCCAAAUCCUCUUUUGUCAGUUCCUCUUCAUGCCCAUCAAUCAGCUCUUCCACGUCUUCAGCAGCCACGUCCACAAAUCCCUCACCACCAAAUUGACGUGCAACACUCACAAUGUCAUUCACAUCCUUUACUAUGGACAGAAAUCCCUGGAAGUUAUUCACACACUCAGGCCAUAAGGUUUGCCAACAAGCAUUCACUCUCUGGUUUGAGUUUAUUGAAUGCUUCACUGAUGUUGGUAAUGCAGUCCUCGAUGCCGUAUUCCUUCCAAUACUUGCUAACAUCAAGGUCAGGGUCUGUGUCCAUGUCAUUAUGGAUAUGACCAAAAGAGCGUCGGGUGUAAUAUGCCUUGGAGGUGCGUAUUACACUCUGAUUGCGAGGCUGAAUAAGAGCAGUGGUUUUAGGGGGUAGGAACACCACCUCUACACCUGAAUGUCUAAACUGCAAACUUUUUGGGUGGCCUGGUACAUUAUCUAUCAAUAAUAACACCUUGAAUUCCGUCUUCUUGGAAGCCAGGUACUUUUCCACUUCCGGGAUGAAGCAUUUAUGGAACCAAUCCAGGAAUGCUUGCAUAGUUAUCAAUGCUUUUUUGUUGGACUGCCAAAAACUGGCAAAGGGUUCUUGUUUUUUUAACCUUUAAAGCCCUAGGGUUUGCUGAGAGGUAAAGCAAAGCAGGUUUGAUCAUGUGGCCGGCCGCGUUGCCACAAGAUGAUCGUUACUCUGUCCUUGGCUGCCUUGAAUCCAGGGGCACGCCUCUCCUGCUUGUUUAUGUACGUUUUACCAGGCAUCUUUUUCCAAUAUAGACUGGAUUUAUUGGCAUUAAACACUUGCUCUGGUCUAUAGCCUUUCUCUUCUAUUAUUUUCUUUAACUUUGCAGGAAAUGCAUCUGCGGCUGUGUGGUCAGCUGAUGCUGCCUCCCUAGUCGGUUUCACAUUAUGGAGAGAGAAUAUUUUCUUAAAAUUCUGGAACCACCCUUGACUGGCACUAAAAGUUGGUUUGGUAGCCGCACUAGCUCCUUCACGAGGGCUCUGAGAUGAUACCACAGAACUAGAGAAUGAAAUUUGGCAUGAAAAUUCAUAAUAUUCCGAGUCAAAUGUUUUUAUUGGGCAUUUCCUUCUUAAUAAUUAUCAUGUUUACAUUUAAUAUACUCUUUUAACCUUUUGAAGGCAGUGGUGGCAGCUCAUGAUGUUACUCACUGGACGAGUGAAUAUUGAAAAAAAAAAAAAAAUUAAGAACGUUUGAAUCUUACCACAAACAAUGAUUCACUCCAAUCCCAUGUCAAAACCACACGAGUGGAGACGUGGCUCAUGGAAGCUACCCAAGUACAUUCUUAAUCCUUGUCAUUCAAAUUCCUUUAAAAUUUACUAGACAGUUUGUCAUCCUCUUUUAUAUUACUUUCACUAUGCAUGGGAAGGUCAUUAUUGUCUCACAAAUCAAAUACCUGUAUAAUGGUGUCAAUUUCCUCCUGCAUUGAGCACUACAUACGAACAGGUGUGUUAUGUCUCUUCUGAUCAAUGGUCCAGCCACUACUAGUGGGCAAGAGGCCUACACUGCUUCAGGACAGUUGUCAGAAGGCUCAGCAAAGAAAUAAAAGCAAAUAAAAUAAAUAAAUGAUAAAUUGGGCCUGUGAAACAUAUAAUGCAUCAGUUGCAUGAAAUGUUUGGUUUAUACUGCGUCUGUUACGGAAUAUGUUGGCAAAGGGUUAGCGACAAUAGAUCCUUUAUGUUUCCUUAAUGGCACAAUAAUUUGAACCAAUACGUCUUCACCACCAUCUCCUCUUGCUGACUGGUUGUUUAUAGACUCAAACUAAACUUCUUCAUCAUAUUAAUCUGCAUCUUUACUCCAUUAAAAUAUCAUCCAUCCUUCCCAUUUUGUUGUGCAUUUCCAUUUAUGUCUACAAAAUGCAAGAGUAUGUGAGAGAAUGUGAGGUAACCUAAGUUCUUGCACUUGGAUUUAUCUUUAAGUACAGUAUAUCUGUGUAGUUUUGCUUUACCCAGAUUCAGAGCUCAGCAUUACAUCUUAAGCAGUUCAUAAGCUUUUUGGUUUCCAACUAUAGUAUACAACCUUGGAUGUUGAAAGUUCAAGAACCAUUAUAAAAACAUUGUUGAAGAAGUCGGCCUGUUGGUUUACCACUUUCAAAUCACUGUGUUGGCAAAGAUGUCACUUUUUGCACUACACAUGUACUAUAAGCCAAGGAUAUGGGAAUUCUGUGUGGAGUAAAGAUAAUAGAAACAAAUAUGUCUUAGCAAGUAUACAUGAGAUCAAGGAACACCAAAAAUUGAAAGAAAAAAAAUGACUAAAGGAAAAAGUACCAAGUGGGAGGACCUGGAAAAAGUACCAAGUGGGAGGACCUAAUAGAGAUAAGUGAAGGAUAUAAGAGGGGUUCAGGAGUUGGUGCAAUAUUAUACUGUAUUAAUUGGAAAUGUGAGCCAACUAUUCCUGUAGAGCAGUGGUCCCCCAACCUCUUGUGGGCUCUGGGCCACAUUUAUCAUUGUAAAUAUUGUGGAGGGCACCAAAACUUUGGAUCUACAUUCAAGAAAACAAAAAUCUCAUUUGGUAUAUGUACAGUCAUUUGCAGUUUCACAAUGUUACCACUUUCAUAUUUUAUACAUUUACUUUUGGACAGGACGUGUGUAUUUACUCCAGUGAGAAGGCUGGCUCUCUCUCUGGGCCCGGUCUGGGGUAAAUACACACACCUUGUACACGACAGUUGUAUCAAGUUAUUAUGUAUUUUCUUUAAUUUGACUCUUACAAAGAAUCCAAAAUAAUUCACAAUUUACUAAUAAACCUUUGUGGGCUCCAUAAUAUGUCAUGAACUACAGGUUAGGGACCACUGCUCUAGAGGAAUGAAUGACCCUCUGUGGUAUGGGUUAGCAAAUUUGGGGAUCGCUUGUUAUUGACACUGUCUUAUAAUUAAUUUAGUAUAAUUUGUGAUCAUCUAGAAUUUUGAUCAGAUAUGUUGAUUCAAUUCAUCAUCACACAUAAAUCACAUAGUUAUCCAUACUAUUGUGUUGGAUGAAGAAAUAAGACUGGGUAACUCCAAGCAGUAUAAUAGUUCAGUCUCCUCUACAUGGGAUGACAGAAUUGACAUAAAACUUACAAAGAAACUAGUAGUGAAAGUAUAAGGAUAGUACAAACUAAUACAAUUAUUUUAAUAAAUAAAACAGAUCAGUAAUGAAA